CAGCUCUCUGAACAGCUUUCACCUAUCAGUGUGCAAUGUCAAGAAGACAACAUGGUGGUCACUGUACAAAGAGAUCUGUAUGGAAAAGGAAAGCUAGUGAAGGCCUCAGACCUAACUCUAGGAACCCAGCGUUGCCAACCAAGCCCCCAGAGUACAAAUGCUCUUGUGAUGUUCCAGAAUAGGCUUCAAGAAUGUGGUAGUGAAUUACAGAUGACCCCAGAAUUCCUGAUCUAUAGAACCAGUUUGACCUACAACCCAACUCCUGUUAAUAAUGCUCCAAUUAUCAGGACCAACAGUGCUGUGGUGCAAAUAGAGUGUUAUUAUCCAAGACAUGACAAUGUGAGCAGCAAUGCCAUCAGACCAACAUGGAACCCCUUUAGCUCAACAGUGUCUGUACAAGAGAAGCUGGACUUUUCCUUGCAGCUCAUGAAUGAUGACUGGAGUGCUCAAAGAGUCUCUACAGUUUUCCAAUUGGGUGACGUUUUCAACAUACAAGCCUCUCUUGCCACUAAUAACCAUGUGCCCAUGAUGGUGUUUGUUGACAGCUGUGUGGCUACAUCAUCUCCAGAUCUCAGCUCCACUCCUCGCUAUGAUAUAAUUGCUCUGAAUGGAUGCUUGAUGGAUGGCAGGCAGGAGGAUUCCUCUUCAGCAUUCAGGUCCCCAAGGCCCAGAUCUGAUAUCCUUCAGUUUACAGUUGAUGCUUUCAGAUUUUCUGUGGUGGCUACAUCUACAAUCUACAUUACCUGCAAUUUAAGGGCGGCUGCAGCAAGCCAGACACCUGAUCCAGAGAAUAAGGCUUGCUCUUUUAACAAAGCUAGUAACAUCUGGUCUCCUGUUGAAGGUACAAGGGAAAUCUGUAGGUGUUGUGAUUCUGGAAAUUGUGUAUCUCCUCAAAGCAGGAGACUUGGCCGAAUCUAUCCAGGACCCAGAAAUAUUGGAAAGCGAGAAACUAGAAUGGAGGAAGAACAUGGCUUGGCCACUCUGGGACCUCUGAUGGUAACUGGCGCAGACCAUGGCAAAGCACUGGCAGUGACCUUGGAUUCUAAUUCCAAGCCUCUGGAUCUCUGGUUGUUCAUAACAAUAGGUUCUCUAAGUUUUUCUGUUGAGGCUGCUGUUGCUUUAAUUGGUGUAUGGCUAAUUAAGAAACUAGUCUUGCAGUCUAGAAGAAAAUAA